GCAAAGCGCAUAUAUCGAAUACACCUGAGUAAAUCUAUGUGAUACAAAACAGACAUUUAGUCCAUUUAAGUAGAACAUAGGUAUGUAGUUUCGUUUCAGUGAAGUGGUAAAUGUUCAUUGACAAUAGUGUAUGGUCGAGUGGUUGCGAGGCUUUAGCGGAAGGCAGUCGCAGAGAGGCAAUACGGCAAGCGCGCGCGCAUCUUGCGUUGUAACCUCGCGCGGAUAUAGUUUCUAUUUUAUUUUGUGCGUGUGAAUUUGUGUUUAUCAUAGUGCAAUAAACUUUGUAAACAUGAAGUUACACCUUAAAUUAUUUGACGCGGUUCCGGCGAGGUUCAAUGUAGCGAUCAUGUUAUUUUUCGCCUGUUGGGUGAACUACAUGUUACGAGUGAAUAUGAGUGUCAACAUUAUAGCGAUGGUGCCAGAGAGCAAGUCGUCAAAAACGGUGGAAAGCGAAUGCAAGGCCAUCGCGAAUGCUGACAUUUCAUUACAUAAUGAUUCUAUGGCCGUCACAAAGGCAGAGCCGAGACAGCCGGACGGCGUAGUAACAUUCGAUUGGACAACGCAAGAGCAGGCGUAUGUACUCUCUGGGUAUUUCUGGGGGUAUGCUAUCACCAGCUUGCUGAGCGGGACUGCAGCUGAGCUGUGGGGCCCCCGGCGGGUGGUGCUCAUCACGAUGCUCAUCAGUGCCAUACUGACCAUACUCAGCCCGCAGGCAGCGAGACUGCACUAUAUGGUUUUGGUUGCUGUCAGAUUUCUGAUCGGACUUGCGGCGGGUUUCUUAUUCCCUGCAUUACACGCGUUAGUGGCCCACUGGGCGCCACCAGCCGAAAAAGGGAAGUUUGUGAGCGCAUUGCUUGGCGGUGCUAUUGGAACGGUGGUCACGUGGUCUCUCACCGGACCACUAAUUGAGAAAUUCGGCUGGGAUUACGCAUUUUAUGUACCUGGUAUAAUUGCCGCAGUAUGGUGUGUGGCUUGGUGGAUUCUAGUAUACGACUCCCCCGUCCAACAUCCCAGAAUUACUGAUAAGGAAAAAGCUUAUAUCUUAGGAGCUAUUGGCGAUAAAGUUGUUAGUUCCAGUCACACGAAGAUGGUCCCACCUUUCCGUAAGAUUUUUACAUCACUUCCGUUCCUGGCUAUGAUCGUUUUGCACUAUGGUAACAAUUGGGGCUUGUACUUCGUGAUGACAGCGGCUCCUAAAUACGUGUCCAGUGCCCUCGGCUUCAACCUUACGUCUACGGGCACAUUGUCUUCAUUACCAUACUUGGCUAGAAUGAUCUUCUCUAUCAUCUUUGGCGCUAUUGGUGACAGAAUCGUCAAACAAAAUAUGGUAUCUACAACCUUUAUGAGGAAGUUCUUCUGUCUAUUCUCACACGUACUCCCCGGGCUACUGCUAAUCGGGCUCGGUUACACGGGAUGCGCUCCCAUACUCUCUGUGGCCAUUAUCACCUUCUCAAUGGGCUCUAAUGGUGCGGCCACACUAACCAAUCUUGUCAACCAUCAAGACCUGGCACCAAACUUUGCUGGAACAUUGUACGGCAUUGCGAAUGGUAUCGGCAACACCGCUGGUUUCGUCACACCUUUAGUCACGGCGUAUUUCACUAAGCAUGGCAACGGUUUUGCGGAUUGGCGACCAGUCUUUUUGACAGGUGCUUCCCUCUACAUCAUAUCUGCGGUCUAUUUCAUACUCUUCGGAACAGGAGUUACGCAAUCUUGGAACUACGUUGAACCCGUUGAAGAGGAAAACAAGAGGCCCAGUGCGAAUUCUAAUGACACCACAGUUACAGUACAGAUAAAAAAUUAAACUUCAAUUAGAUUAAUCUUGGUUUAAGUCAUUACGUGAAGCGCGUACAGGAAGUGAUGAAAUUAUUUGACGUUUAUAAUUGCUUGCCACACCAAAAAAAAACUAAAACAAUAAAAUUAAUUAUAAUUUAAAUUGUUGAACAAUGCAUAAUAUGGAUUGUAUGCUCACUUGUGUUGUUUACUUAAACUACGUUUACGUAUUACAAAUUAUUGUCGAAUUAAAAAUUUAUUACAAAUAUUUAUGUUAAGUAAAAGAUAAGUACUUAAACUUAAAUUAUUUUUUUGCAAAAUGUGUAAAACACGAUUUAAAUUUUAAAGUAAUUGAAGAGAUCUGAAUUUUGUUCAUAAAAUCUUUUUACAAAGGUAGCUGCAGAGGAAAGCUUUAUUUGUGUAAAUUCGAUAAAAAUUAAAUCUUUAUCAAUGUUUCAUAUAUUAUAUAGAAUAUAUUAUUCGAUAUAUUUAUUGCGGAUGUGCUAAGUUUAAGGAUACAAUAAAAAAUAAUUACUGUCUUCAACAUAAAUGCUAUACAAAAAUGUUAACGUUAUUGAAGAAUUUAUUUUCUUUUUAGUUAUGAGUGCUUUUGUAAGUAUGUUUACGGGGCUAAUAUAUUUUUUAAGAUAAAAACUGCUGUAAACUGACAUUUAAAGUUC